AUGACAGCGGAGUCGGAGGAGUCGGAAGAAGUGGUUCACGAUCUUCGCCUUGCCUUACCCAGAUGUCUCCCCAUUCAGUCGUGGAAAUCGACUGAUGCUCUACGUGUUCACGUAACUCGUUUCUUUGCUGCUUGGAAUGUUCCUGAAUGCAAAACCAUCGAGCCUCAUAGAAUACGUAUUAUAUCAUAUCUCUACACCGCCAAGGUUAAUGCAAUAAAUUGGAUGGUCUCGGCUUUCGCUACUCCGUCCAACUCUCGGCGGUUACUAAGGUACAAUACGAAUCGCGCCUUCACACGAUCAGCAAAAGAACACGAAAGAGUCGGAAAGAUUAAGGCGUAUAUGUACGGGCCGAUGACGAGCAAAUACAUGACAUUAUAUAACUACGAAGAACUCUUCGAUGCGCUCUAUGCGGAGGGCAGAUGCUCAAAAAUCGUACCGACUUACACACCGUCUUUGACAAUCCUCGAAGACGCAAGUCCUAGGUGA